CCGAUGGCAUUGAAUGCAGCAAGAGUGGCUCACGUUCUUUUCACAUUGUCGGGAAAUUACCAGAGACUGUUUACAGAAAAUACCAGUUUUUCCCAGCGGAUUAAAAAACAAAAACAAAACAAACAGCUCCUUCCGAUAAAGACAUUUAAUGUUUAUUUUUUCAGACAGGUGGACGAUUACGCGUUGGUUGAAUGGGACUUUUACACAAAGGACUGAAACGUUUCCAAAAUAUAUAAAUAAAUAAGUAAACCGUGGCUCGGCUGUGGGCAUGCGCACACCUGCACAUGACAAGAGUGUAACGUUAUAUUAAUAAUGAACAUUUUUACUCCUGACAGACGCUCCUGCUGCCAAAAAAAGUGGUAUUAAACAUCUUUGUUUCAGGGAUUUAUACACAACCUCUGAGUAGAUCCCACUGGAUGUGAGUCCCAGCUGUGGAUACUUCCCACAAUCUAUGACGUCGGCUGGAUGUGUGAGUUUUCCUCCCCAUCCCAGCCUGUGACUGACGCACUCACAUAACAUCUCCACAACGGCUAUUUGAGGCCCAGGUUCAGUAUCCACAUGUGACUACCAGUCAGUAUGCUGCCUCCUCCUCUCCUCCUGCAGUGAUGCCUGCCUUCAGCCCUCCUGCUCCCCUCCUCUGCAUGCUGCUGUGUGUGUCUGUGGCCCUGCAACGCUCUGACCUCCGCCUCGCUUAUGUGACCCACAACGGCUUCUUCUACUACUCCUGCAGCCAGGACCCUCAACCGUGCAGCACCUCAUCUCUCACAGACUGCAGAUGCAAGGACAUCUCUCAUUCCACCCUGUAUCCCGUCUUCCGUAGGAGGCGACUGACCAUUUGGUUCACGUCGCCGCUGAACACAGCACGUCUGCUCAACAAUUCGGAGGUGAGGCACCUCACCCUGAUCCACUGUGGCGCCGAAGGACCCAAAGGGGCACCUGCUUUUCCCCCGGAGGGGCAUUUUGCAGUGCAGCACCUGGAGAGACUGACAGUGGUAAACCUGCCACAGAGGCCACUCCAUCACUGUCCAGAGGCAAACAGAGCUAAAAGCACAGACACAGAUAACGGUGACUUUGGCGCAAAUAGAUACAACAGGGAUAGGGACACAAAUUUGGACUUGACUGCAGACACGAAGAGAGACUCCGUGACUCUGUCCUCAACUGAGAUCCAGGACAUCUUCCUGGGCAGGGAGCUCGGAGCGGCCUAUCAUGAACAGGCCAGACUGGGAAUAAUCCACAGCUCAGUGCUGGAGUGGGGAGCAGAAGUCAAAGCCUACACAGUUCAGACACACAUAGACAGCGACGGUGCGCUGCCUUUCCCGGACCUCCACCUGCCAAAACUACCAGAGACGUCUGUCAUAUAUGUCAGCUUUGUGUACUGAGGCUUAAGAGAGGGAGGAACGUGAUUCUGUGAUUUAUUACUUCGCAGGCCUCAGUUCUAUAAUUCCUUUAUCCUCUUAAGAUGGAGAUGAAAUAGUUACAGGAGAUGUUGUUUUUAAAGUUAAGCUGCUGUCAAGAGAAAAUGAGAAGCUUUUAUUUAAAGUGAAUGGUUUAACUAUAAAAACUUCCACAAUUCUCUAGAAGUUGCUUAAUGGUAAAAUAAUUCAACUUUGGUUAAUAGAAACUGACAAAAACAAAACUGUUACAUUUGUUUCUACAUUCUUUUCCUGGAGUCACUCUUAGAUUUUCUUGUGCAAUAUCUCUGAUCAUACUUUUGCCAAGUGGCCUAAAAUGAAAUAUGUUAACGAAGGAGAGAGCCCAGAACAAACCGUCCAGUGUAUCUGCAUGGUGUUUAUGGUAAAUGACACUGGUACAAACAAAUCUUCCAUCUUCUGGUAACCAGCUGAGUGUUGUUCUGUUCGUACUUCAACCAUAAUGUGAAUCCCCGCUACAGCCCAUAGCAAGGCCUUUUUUAAAAAAAAAAAAAAAAUUUUUUUUUUACUACACCACAUUUGUCGAUGCAGUGUCACUGUUUUUGUUGAUACGUGCUAACUUCACAAUUUGAUCUGUGACUUUAACACUGUGGGCAAUGUGUCUUAUUUCUCACUCUGAAGCAGAAAAUUUGUGAGACAAAAAAAAUGUUGCCAAAGGGAGGGACACAGAGCUAACCUGGAUCUGACCUCUGACCUAUGGUUCCUUUGCAGAACCAAACACUUUCCGGGUGAAGAAAUCGAAUGCCAGUUAGUUAGGCACACUAGUGAAAACAAAAGAAUUCUGCUGUAAAUCCCCCUUCAUGGCUGUACAAUGUUGAAACAGAAAGACGAUAAUUCAACUGGAUGAUCAUUGUGGAGGGCUUAUAUUAGGGUGAAUUAGUUUUCACGAAUGUACCUAAUAAACUGGCAAGAAUGUGUAGUUUUCAGUGACUGGUGGGACAAUGUUUUAUUCCCAAACUGAGCCACAAGAGGGCAGCAAAUACAUUUGAGUCAAAGAAGGAGCAACAAACCCACCGUAUGAGGAAGCAAGUUUUUAAAGUUAUCCAGUUCAUCUUAAACUUAACAAACUUGUGAUGAGGGAUGUUUCUUUUGUAUGAGAAUGUUCUCUUAUUAAGUUAGAGUUAAUAACGCAUGUUUUGAUAUUUAUUUGUUAAAAAAUAUGAAUUAACAAUGUUACUCGCCACUUGCAUUUGUUUAUAACAAAAGCAGAAAUAAAUGUAUUUACUUGUCA